AUGCGGCGCCAGAACCCACAGUCGGUCUUCGCUGUAUCGCUGCUCUCUCAUCCGAUCCUCACCAUUGCAAAGCGUGUUCUGAACACACCACAAAGCAUGUUCAUGGCCCGCCAACUCACCACCGCCUCACUGCACACCGGCCGGCGAGCGAGACACACGCUCCGCUCGAUCCUCACCACGUAUCCGAUCAGCUCGGACGGCCGGCGCGAACCCGUAUCGCAAUCGACGGCCGCCGAGCUGGUGGACUCGUUUCAGAUGAUGCCGCGCGACCUGCGGCUGCUCGCUACAAACAACAUCACGCUGGGUGUGCGUGAGCACUACUACAUCUUCCGCUUCCCGCCGUUCACCGGCGUCGUCGCCUCGGACCGGGCGUGCCUCGUGGCGCUCGGCGAGGCGCAGCGGGAGCAGCGUUCGGCGCACUGGGCGAUGGCAGCGCCCGCCGGCAGCGGCGUCGCCUCCGAGGUGCUCGCGUCCGAGAUCGUGCGCGUCGUCCAGAAGCGGACGAGCGGCGCCUCGAGUGGCGACCUGGCGGGCCAGCUCUACGACGGCCUGCUGCAGGGCCCGCUGCCGUUUGAGCUGCGGGUGCUCGAUGCGGUGCUGAGGGAGGACCUGCUCCGAAAGCAGGCGUAG